UGAAAAAUUAUCGCUAUGAGUCACCACCAUCCUCCAGUUUCCUGUAUUCCAAACACUGGCAAAAUGUCGAAAGCUAAGAAAGUAAUUGAAGAAGCGAGGGAAAUAAACAACCCUGAAAUAGAUUUAGUGGACAAAGGGAUCUCCAGCUUGGACGAGAUACCAGGACUCUUCAGUCUUGCGAAUGUAACCCGUCUGUCACUGAGCCAUAACAAACUGCAGACAGUCCCUGCAGCAUUGGCCAACUUGAUCAAUUUAGAGAUCUUGAAUCUUGCCAACAACCACAUUGAGGAGCUCCCAGUCAGCCUGUCAUCUCUACCCAAGCUUCGAAUCUUAAAUGUGUCACUCAACCGGCUGUAUGGCUUGCCAAGAGGCUUUGGAGCAUUCCCUGUCCUUGAAAUCCUGGACUUGACAUACAAUAACUUGAAUGAAAAAACAUUACCAGGAAACUUCUUCAUGAUGGAAAGUCUGCGUGCUUUAUAUUUGGGUGACAAUGACUUUGAGUUUUUGCCACAGGAAAUUGGGAAUUUGAAGAAUCUACAAAUUCUAUCCAUGCGGGAGAAUGACCUAAUUGAGGUGCCGCGUGAGUUAGGGCAGUUGACACGCCUUCGAGAGCUACACGUGCAGGGCAACCGUCUCGUCGUGCUUCCUCCUGAGAUUGGAACGUUGGAUUUGGCCAGUAAUAAGGCAGUGUUGAGAUUGGAGGGUAACUUCUGGGUGCCGCCUAUUGAAGACCAACUGAAACUGGGCCCGUCCCAUGUUCUUGACUACCUGCGGUCUGAAACCUACAGAGUGUUGUACAGCCGCCACAUGUCGGCGAAGCCUCCACCGCCGCCACAGACUUUGGAUAAAAGCAAGAAAGCUAGUCGCGCCAGAUCUUAAACACUAAUACAUGAAACUCACUUUGAUUGACAUUAAAUUAUCAAAGGAAACAUAUUUUGAUGUGCCAUAACUAAGACUAAUUUCGCGCGAUUUCUUUACUUGUUAAAUAUCUGUUCAUAACAUAUUUGUAUUAGUUGUUAAUUGUCUCAAGUAUUAACUUUUAAUGUUACUGACCUGAUUAAUUUAUAGAAAUAUAUUUUAUACUGACAAGUUAUGUUAGGCACUUGUCCUACCGCCGACGAUGAGAGAGAAGCAUAGAGUAACACGGACCUCCGCGGACCGGGAGAGAAGCGAUUAGAGCUAUAGACAAGAAUUGGCAAACAAGGAGAAUCGAGCGUGUAUUUAUGAUAAUUUUGUCGCUAAGCUAUAAGCGAGUGUUCCAGUACGACGGGCGACUACUCGCUCGGGCAGUAUAUCCCGCAUAGAUUAAUAAAAUUAACACUGGUCUGGCUCUCACCCGACGACCCGAUUACUCUAGCCCAGCGGCGUAGCGUGGGUGUCGGCCGCCCGGGGCGGAAGACAAUUUUGCCGCCCUUUUAUUUACAUAUUUCAAUUUAAAGUAUAUUUUUUUCCGUAAGAACCUUGUACAGAUUAUUAGUAAACUAAAAAAAAUCAGCUAAAUCGGUCAAGCCGUUUUUAUGUUAUGUCGUGACAACGGAGAACGGGUUUCAUUUUAUAUAUUAUAGAUUGUGAAAUUUUGCCGCCCCCUAAAAAGUGCCGCCCGGGGCGGGGCCGCCCCUGCCGCCCCCACUACGCUACGACGCUGCUCUAGCAAUAGAGGCGGCCAAUCAGCUCGCGACACCAAACACUUCAGAACCCCGAUACCGAUCCCGCCGGCGUGGUCGACGAUUUCCCUCAUUCAGCGCUUAUCGCUAUCGACCCACUAGGGUCGAUUAAUCCUUUCAAAUAUUCUUCCUCAGACGACGCCCUGAGCUGAGGUUCGCGCUCAACUGGGCACCCUCAGGCCUGUUGGCUUAAACGUUGUACCGGGUGAGCCUUCAUCGAUCCCCAUUUGUCAGGCCAAGUAGUUAAUGCCAUCUGCGGCAAAUCUACAAAAAAGUCACGUCAAAAAAAAACUGGUUUGUCUUUCUGCGUGAGGUAACGCCAAGCGAGCAACGGUAAUCGAGUGUUAUGUUUGAUAGCUCUGGUCGCUGCUAUUGAUGAUGAGAGAGUGUUCCCCGGCAGUAUGAACAGUCGA